AACUCAUAACAAAGGACGUUUUUUUCGGACGGCAUUUUUUUUUUCAGUCGCGUUGUUUCGAUUGCGGUUAUGGAUCCUUCACUCCGUCCGAACGUAGUCCCGGUAACUCUGAAUCAAGAUAUCGUUAAUUUGCUGAAAUGUGGAAUAUGUUGGGAAUAUUACAACCUACCGACAGUUUUGCCAUGCGGUCAUACAUUCUGUCUCAAGUGUAUCCAGGAAAUAGGAAAACACAAAGUGAAUAAUGUAAAUACAACAAAGGGUGGAGUAGACCUAUCUAUAGAUUGUCCAAAUUGUCGUCUGAAAGUGCCAAUUUCAGACAUCCAGCGUAUGAAGAAUGGAGUACACGUGAAUUAUGUCUUGUCGUCCAUUGUUGAGACCAUAUUGCAGUUAAAGACAUCGUUUAAGGUUGAUGCAGCAACUAAUACAGAUUCCGAAGCAAUUUUUGAAAACAGAAUUAACGAAAUACAGAAAAAUUUGGAUGGAAUUUUCACAGCAGUGGACAAACGGAAGUCGGUCGUGAAUGAUGCACGAAAACAAAUCGAUGAACUACGAUGUAAAACGAUAAGGAGGGCAGCAACAGCAGAAGCCACAAAGAGACAAAAUGCUGGUAACCAGAAUAAUAUAGAUCCGAACAAGAACGCUGUUUCCGUUAAUAGUAUGCAGACAACGUGGGCUUCGCGUCUUUUCCUGCCAGUGGGGUAUCCGACGCAAGACAACAAUUACCAUCCAAGUUACGCGAGCGAUUUAACCGAUGUAGACCCAGCCAUUUUAUCAGUGAGAACGACAAGGACCGAUCAAUCGAUGAAUGGUCAUUUUUACCCGCUAUCGAUGCUGUAGAGAGAUUUACGAUUUUAUAGAUAUAAUUUACCGACGAUAUUUAGAAAACAUUUAUUAUA